AUGCAGCCCACCCGCGUCCUCCAAGGUCUCAAGUACCGCAAGCUGCGCCUGACCACCAAGGAUACCAACAAGGGUUUCUACAAGGGUAACCGCACCGGUUCCAUGGGUACGCACACCAGCUACGGUACCUACAAGAUCGACUACUCCAAGGUCCGCACCUAUGUGUGCCCCGAUUUGAGUACUUUCAAGCUCACUCCCUUUGUCUCCAAGGCCGUCAAGGUCACCCAUGACCAGUUCCCCGGCGACAAGCUCGGCCCCAAGAACCCUGCCACUUAUCUUGCGCGCUGGAAGUCUGAGAACGGCCUUGACUAA